AUGGCGGACAAAAGCGCUGUCGACUUCAAGGUUGACCCCCUCCCUUCUGGUACAAGUACGCCUCCAGACAGCGAGCGUAGCGACGAAGAGCAAGAAAAUGGCACACUCACCCAGCAUAUCCUCAAGAACGGCGAGCAGGUCCUGGUCACCUGGAGAAAGGAAGAAGAAGCCCGCAUCGUCCGAAAAGUCGACUUUCUGUUCCUACCCAUCUUCUCGCUGAUGUUCACCUGGAUGGCCAUUGAUCGUACCAAUGUCUCCGGCGUCUUGACAUCCACCUUCCUCUCUGACACGAACAUGACUCGCGAUCAAGCGAAUACAGGCGUUUCACUCCUAUGGCUCGGCAUUGUUCUCCUCGAAAUUCCUUCCAAUAUCGUCCUCCACCGCAUUGGCCCACACUACUGGAUCCCCGCCCAAGUGGUAACAUGGGGCGUGAUCGAAGUCCUACAAAGCCAAGUGACCAAUGCAGGCGGGUGGUACGUCGCGCGACUGUUCCUGGGCCUCGGCGAAAGCGGAUUUAUCCCGGGUGGCCUGUAUACGAUGUCGAGGUGGUACCUCCCCAGUGAGCUUACGCAGCGGACUGCGAUUUAUUUCCUUGGGCCAUCAAUUUCUGCCGCGUUUGGGUCGCUUAUUUCGGCGGGGGCGCUGAAGUUGCAUCUUGAAGGGGGGUUGAAGGGGUGGCAGUGGAUCUUCAUCAUCUGCGCGACGGGAGUCCUUGCCUUCGCCGUGGUCCCCAAGUCCCCCCACCACACAGGCCAUCUGUUCGGCGGGCUCAUCCGCGUGCCAGGUUGGCUCACCGAGCAUGAAGCUGACAUUCUCGUCGCCCGGCAAACCCGCAUCGCGGAGAAAAACCACGUAGCCGGCCUAACUUUGAAGAUUACCUGGAAGGACAUAACUGACGUCCUCUUCUCCUGGUCCACAUGGCCAUACCUAAUCGUCUGUCUGACCGGCCUGCAAUCUGUCAACGGCCUGAGCACCUGGGGCGCAACGAUUAUCAAGUCCCUCGGAUUCAGCAGUAUCCGCGCGAACCUCCUCAAUGCCCCGGGGAGUCUUCUCGGUGCAUUUUUCGGUAUUAUCCUGUCGGGCUUCGUUGACCGGUAUAGUCGCUUUGGAUACGCGAUUAUCUUUGCGGCUGUUUGGACGCUUGCGGGGUUGGUUGCGCUUUAUCAUCUACCAGUGACGAAUAAGGCGUCGUGGUCGUUUUAUGCGGCGUAUGUGGUUACUCAGGCGGCUCCGGGCUGGCAGCCAAUCAACGUCACCUGGCUAUCCCUGAAUUUCAAGACGCCUCAGAAACGCGCGGUGGCAUAUGCUGUAUACAUCGGCUGCUCAAACCUCGGCGGUACAUACGGGAACCAGGUCUUCAGGGCGAGCGACGCCCCCCUCUACCGCAACGCCUGGAUUAUCUGCAUCUCGCUCGGGGCAGUCUGGCUUGCCGGUGUAAUCGUGCAGACGAUCGGGUUCCAAUGGGCGAACCGCGUUUUCGCCGGAAAGCUGGCUGAGAACCCGGAGCUCGAGAGGGAGGUUGUUCAUACCGAUAAGCGGGGACGCGCGUAUCGAUUUUAUUGGUGA